GGGUGGGGGUGGGGGUGGGCUCCCAGGGUUUCUGCUCCUGGAGUGGUGUGGGGGGGGCGCACCAGCAUGGAGACGGCGUGCUGCAAUCUCGCCUCGGGAGGCGGCGACCUCCGCGCGCAGCCGGGUAAGGCUGGCCUCUCCGCCAUCGGAGGCCUGAGCUCUGCUAUGGGGGUAGGGGUGUCCUUCCUGCUGCAGUUUUCUCUGACGUCCGGGGGCGAGCAGAGCGCACGGAGCAGCAGCCAAGGCCUCCCCAGGAGCACGCCCCAGAGCUGCUGGGGAAAGCUGUCUCUCCAGCCCCGUGGCCUCCAGGAGGACCCCACCAUGCUGGAGCGUCGCUGCAAGGGCCCCCUGGCCCUGGGCCCCCACCACCUCCCUUCCGGGUCCUCUCAGGAGCCCUCCCAGACCGUGGAGAAGGAGCCCCGCGGGCUGAGCUCAGCAGGCACCGCCCUGGCGGCCCAGGUGGGCGGCCAGGCCCCGGGCAGAGCCCACCGCUGCGCCCACUGCCGACGGCGCUUCCCGGGCUGGGUGGCCCUGUGGCUGCACAGACGUCGCUGCCAGGCCCGGCUGCCCCUGCCCUGCCCCGAGUGCGGCCGCCGCUUCCGCCACAGCCCCUUCCUGGCCCUGCACCUCCAGCUCCACGCGGCGGCCACCCGGGACCCGGACCCGGGCUUCGCCUGCGCCCUGUGCGGGCAGGGCUUCCGCGGUUGGGUGGCGCUGGCCCUGCACCUGCGGGCGCACUCGGCCGCCCGGAGGCCGGUCGCCUGCCCCGAGUGUGACCGGCGCUUCUGGCGACCCAAGCAGCUGCGGGCCCACGCCCGGCGCUGCCACCCGCCCCCGGCCGCCCCCGAGGCGCGGCCCUUCAUCUGCGGCAACUGCGGCCGCAGCUUCGCGCAGUGGGACCAGCUGGUGGCCCACAAGCGGGUGCACGUGGCCGAGGCCCUGCAGGCGGCAGCGGCAGCAGCGGCCGCAGCUGCGGUGGCCCAGGCACUGGAGGGACCCCGGCCCCGGGGUCGCCCGUCGGUGACCGCGCCCCGGCCCGGGGGCGACGCGGUGGACCGGCCUUUCCAGUGCACCUGCUGCGGCAAGCGCUUCCGCCACAAGCCCAACCUGAUCGCUCACCGCCGGGUGCACACGGGCGAGCGGCCGCACCAGUGCCCCGAGUGCGGGAAGCGCUUCACCAACAAGCCCUACCUGACCUCGCACCGCCGCAUCCACACGGGCGAGAAGCCCUACCCGUGCGCCGAGUGCGGCCGCCGCUUCCGCCACAAGCCCAACCUGCUGUCGCACAGCAAGAUCCACCGGCGCUCCGAGGGCGGCGCGGGCGCGGCGCGGGGUGCGGGGAGCCCGUGGUCGGAGACCCCCGGCGCGGCGGCCCCGGAGCAGCCAGGCGGCGCCGAGGAGGAGGAGGAGGAAGAGGAGCCGGUGCCCGGGGCGCCCCCGCCGCCGUUCCGCUGCCAGCACUGCGGGCGCGGCUUCCAGCUGGAGCGCUUCCUGCUGGCGCACCUGCGGCAGCACCUGGGCGGCGGCGCCGGGGCGGCUUCGGUGGCCGGCGGGGAGCGGCCCUUCGCGUGCGAGCAGUGCGGGAAGCGCUUCGGCAAGAAGACGCACCUGGCGGCCCACACGCGGGUGCACUCGGGCGAGCGGCCCUUCGCCUGCGAGCAGUGCGGCCGCCGCUUCUCGCAGGGCAGCCACCUGGCGGCGCACCGGCGCGACCAUGCCCCCGAGCGGCCCUUCGUGUGCCCGGACUGCGGCAAGGCCUUCCGCCACAAGCCCUACCUGGCGGCCCACCGGCGCAUCCACACGGGCGAGCGGCCCUACGCCUGCCCCGACUGCGGCAAGGCCUUCAGCCAGAAGUCCAACCUGGUAUCACACCGGCGCAUCCACACAGGCGAGCGGCCCUACGCCUGCCCCGACUGCGAGCGCAGCUUCAGCCAGAAGUCCAACCUCAUCACCCACCGCCGCAGCCACAUCCGGGACGGCGCCUUCUGCUGCGCCAUCUGCGGCCAGACCUUCGACGACGAGGACAAGCUGCUGGCCCAUCAGAAGAAGCACGGCUGAGCCGGCGGGGGAGGGGGGGGGCUGGCGACAGGUGGGAGUCCCUUCCACCCUCCCCGGGAGGGGCUCGGUGUGUGGGCGGGGAGGGGGUCUUUCUCCC